UAACCUAUUCUUUUGCUAAAUGAAAUGCAUAAGUUUUUUUAUUAUGAAAAAAAUGUUAUUCUUUUUCUUUUUAAUCUCAUUGAGGUUUUGUUUUGUCUUAUUCCCUUUAUGAAAGUUAGACAACUACCAAUCGAAAGGAAUUAAGUUCUUAAAAACGUCCAUACACACAACUAGGCUCACAAAGCUGAAUAGCGCGCUGAUAAUGAUCAAAUUGCUUUCUGGGUUGCUUGAGACCCUUGAAAAUUCAUACUGGGUUUGCCUUUAUAUCCAAAAACCAUUGAGACUGACUUCUGAUAGUUACAUUCUUUGAGCCAGUCAAUUCUGAAACAUGCUUUCCCUGAAGACUCAAAGAAGUUCAAUAUAUUUACCAAGAUCACUCAUACAAAUAUUCCAAAAUUUAGUCCCUGGUAUAUUUUCAUCUGUCCAAUAAGAUGUUGAAAUUCCACCCCAAAAUCGAGCGAGUGUGGUUGAUCACCUGGUGGGGUCUUGGUUCCAACACUAUGAGUAUGCAUAUAUCCCUUAUUUUAAUAUCACAAAUUCACAAUCACUCGAAAGAAAACCUUGACUGGUAAACAAUAUGCUCUGAGUGGCUUUCUUCCAUCUUUUGGUGUUCUGGGAAUUAUUAUUUAUGAAUUAUGGGAGAGAACCAUAUUCAUUAUUCUCUUUUGCAGUAAGGGAUGGAUGCCAAGCCUCACACGUGGGAGUUCUUUUAUUCUGAUUUGUAAGGUGGUCUUUUAAAAAAGAUCGAUUAAACUAAACUACUGGUUUUAGUAGCUCUCAGCUCUACUAUAUAAGGAAGGUUGGUUCAUCCAAGAGAAGCACAGCAACAAAGUAAUACCCAUCUCCCAUAUUUUCUCUAAUACAGUUGCUGCUGUGGCUUAAUUUCAUUACACACAGGAAAUCAUAUCCAAAUAAUGACGAUGGGUGAUAACAAGAACCAGAUGCUUCAACACAACCAAGUAUUUGAUGUCUCAGUCAAUAUGCCGCCACAGGGAGGCUCCAAGUGCUUUGAUGAUGAUGGCCGUCUCAAAAGAACUGGAACUGUUUGGACUGCCAGUGCUCACAUAAUUACUGCUGUAAUUGGGUCUGGAGUUCUAUCCUUGGCUUGGGCCAUAGCUCAGCUUGGAUGGGUGGCUGGCCCUGCUGUCAUGUUCUUGUUCUCUUUGGUGACUUACUACACUUCAACUCUGCUCUCUGCUUGCUACCGCUCCAAUGAUCCUGACACUGGAAAAAGGAACUACACUUACAUGGAUGCUGUUCAAUCUAACCUAGGUGGAGCUAAGGUCAAGAUUUGUGGAUAUGUUCAGUACUUGAACCUUUUUGGAGUUGCCAUUGGAUACACUAUAGCAUCAUCUAUUAGCAUGAUGGCAAUCAAGAGGUCUAACUGCUUCCACAAAAGUGGUGGAAAAGAUCCAUGCCAUGUCAACAGCAACCCCUACAUGAUUGCAUUUGGCAUAGCAGAAAUUAUAUUCUCUCAGAUUCCAGACUUUGAUCAGUUGUGGUGGCUUUCCAUUGUUGCUGCAGUCAUGUCCUUCACUUACUCCACAAUUGGACUUGCCCUUGGAAUUGCUAAAGUUGCAGAAACUGGAACAAUCAUGGGAAGUAUGACCGGAAUAAGCAUUGGCACUGUGACUGAAACCCAAAAGAUGUGGAGGAGCUUCCAAGCUCUUGGUGACAUAGCUUUUGCCUACUCUUACUCUCUUAUUUUGAUUGAAAUUCAGGACACAGUUAGAUCUCCACCAUCUGAAGCCAAGACAAUGAAGAAGGCCACUAUAAUUAGUGUUGCAGUGACAACCCUUUUCUACAUGCUAUGUGGCUGCAUGGGCUAUGCUGCUUUUGGAGACUUAUCCCCUGGAAACUUGCUCACUGGUUUUGGCUUCUAUAACCCAUAUUGGCUCUUAGACAUUGCCAACGCUGCUAUAGUAGUCCACCUUGUUGGUGCAUACCAAGUUUACUGCCAACCCUUAUUUGCCUUUGUUGAGAAAGCAGCAGCGAAAAAGUAUCCGGAGAGCGAAUUUAUAUCAAGAGAAAUCAAAAUCCCAAUUCCCGGUCUUGGCCAUUGCAAUCUUAACCUCUUCAGAUUGGUGUGGAGGACUGCCUUUGUGAUUGUGACCACUGUAAUCUCUAUGCUCCUCCCAUUCUUUAAUGAUGUGGUUGGACUUCUUGGAGCUUUGGGAUUCUGGCCAUUGACUGUUUACUUCCCAGUUGAGAUGUACAUUGUGCAGAAGAGGAUACCAAAGUGGAGCACAAGAUGGCUUUGCCUCCAAAUCCUAAGUGUUGCUUGCCUUAUAAUAACCAUAGCUGCUGCUGCUGGCUCAAUUGCUGGGGUGAUUUCUGACCUCAAGAUCUACAAGCCAUUCAAGACCAGCUAUUGAUUCAUCAAGAGUUAACCAAUUUCAUCAUUAAUUAGCAGUUCCUUAAUCAAGGAAAGAGACUUGGUCAUUAGGGACAAUUCCUCCUCAUGUUCAUAUAACUAAAGCUUCAAUUGGUGAUGUUGAUGUUAGUGUUUGUUGUUCUGUAUCUGUGUUGUUUUUUACUGUCUUCAAGUGGAGGAAAGGCUUUGGCCAUGUAAGUAUUUCUCUGAAAUCAAUGAAGAGUAUUCUCAAGUUAUUUUCCCUA